UGACUUUGUGGGGUCUCUGCCGUGGGGGGGCGAGGGCUGUGCUCACUGUCCCCCUGUCCCCAAAAGUGGCCGUGAAGCCCCGCCACCCCGUGGCACAGGAGCAGCUGAUCCAUCAGCCCUAUGACAUCCAGCAGGUGAUGCAGGAGGAGCAGGACAUCCAGCUGCCCCCCGAGGUCGUGGCGGCUGCCAAGAACCCCCCUCGGCCCCGGGCGCCUUCGUCCCCGGAUUCCACCGAUGCCAUCGGCGCCUCGUCGUGGGGCAGCACCCUGGAGGGCUUCCCCCCGGCCUGGCCCCUGCCCGACGCCUUGGACCGCUACUGCCGCAGCCCCGCGCUCAUCCCCCGAGCCCCCCGGCCCUCGCUGCCCCCCGCCGCCUUCGCCCACCUCCGCAGGCAGGUGGAAGCGCUCGACGCCUUCUGGCCUCGCCUCGACGGCUGCUGCCGCCGCUCGUCCCCGCUGCCCUGUGCCCGCCGCGCCGUGAGUCCGGACCCCAAACCCUCUCUU